AUGAAGGAAAACAAUUUGCUGUUGAAUACAGAGCACUCAGAAUAUGAUGUGAGAUGCCAACUUCUGAUAGAAUAUCUCAUGAACUGUCUAAUUACAGGAGCUCUAACAAAAGAGAAAGAAGUACCAGAAAAACUGCUGCAACAAGUUGAAGAAAACCAACUCUCUGCUCAUGUAUGGGAAAAUGUUUUUGUAACAUUAACUCCUGUAAGGAUAAGAGAAUGGCUUGAACUACCUAUUCUUGAAAACUAUGUCGAAGCACCAAGCAAGAAAGAGCUAUUAAGCUUUAUUAUUGGACUCGGUUACAAGAACAAGAAAGUCAAGAAAAUUGGUUCAAUCAGAAGGAAUGAACUACCAGCAAUAUGGCAAGUGAUUAUGGAAGUAUUAAACAAGUGCCUCACUUCAAAAAUUGGAGGAACUGAUCAGAUUAAUCAAGUUAUUCUAACAAUCAUAGAAAUGGAAAUUCCAAUUCUGGAAAAUCUGUGGAGAUCAAACACAAUGAAGUCCUGGAGUUCUAAUCAUGGAUGGGAAUCUGACAAAGAUAUUCCUUUAUUACCAGAAAGCAUGCUAUGUCUCAUUUCACAAGAUUCACAGUUCAGAAGACAGCAUGAGACUCUACUAAACAACUCAGACUCCACAUCAGAAAGAGCCAGCAGAGAAGUUUUCAAAUGCUCUUCAUCACUGGAAAGAGAUGAAGAACAAAAGUCAAAAUCAUCAAAAGAAGCAGAAGGAAAAAGAAUUCUGAUGAUUACCAACACAUCAAAUGAUGCUGAAAAAGAUCAAAUUCAUGAAGGAAAAAUUCAUCCAGAUUUUGAUAUACUACAAGAAGCAGCACAGGAACAUCAUACAGAAUCACAAAUAGCUGGAAGAAUUCAUGAAGAAGUUCAAUUUGGUGGCAAUGAAAUUGAAACAACGGAAGUAAUACAUCAUGAAGAAUCUCAUAUUGCUGGUACAUCUUUCUCAAGAACUAUUUUAGUUGAUACUUACUCAAAACAAACUAAUUCAGAAAGUUCAGUAAAUGUUUCUUACAAUUUAGAACAUAAGGAAACUGAAAUUGAUAAAGAGGUCACUAGUGCCUUUAAUCUCAACUCUGAAUCAGAAAAUGAGGAGGAGUAUGAGAUCUCAACAGAUAGAGAUCAGGAAACUGAUCAAGGAAAUCUGGAAAAAGGUGAUAUGUUUACCUUAAAAACUUAUGGAGAAUCACAUCUUGAUGUGAUUCAAGGACAUAAGGAAAUCCAGGAUGAGAGUAUGUCACUCACCACUGGUGGAGAUGGUACUGGUAAACUUAAGGCUGCACCAAUUUCUGGAACAUCUGUUGUUCCAAAUAUCCCUGAAAAACUGAUGAAUCAAGAAAAUCCGGAAACAAUAUUGAAAGAAGGCUACAAAAUCUGCAAAAGAAAUCAGGUGGAAGAAAAACUUGAUAUGUUGCUGUCAGAAAUACAAGAUCAAAGGGCUAAAAUGAAGAUAUUGUCAAAAUCAGUGGAAGCAAUAAAGAAAAAGACUGAUGAUAACACUGAAGCACUAAAGUCCCUUCAGAAGAUGAAAGAAAAGGCACCAGAACUAAACAUUUCUGCAUCAGAAAUUCAAACGAUUCUCAAAGAAAUAGAAAAUAUCAAAGAACAAAUUGAUAAUGUAAUGGAAUCAAGACAGUCAAGCAGCAGAAAUAAAGUUUUGGAAGAAGAAAUUGCCAUUCUAAGGGCAAGUAAUAACAGUAUCACAGAUGCUCUUGAGAAGCUUACAAAAGAAUGGACUGAAAAUCGGAAGAAAGCUCAAGCUGAAUACAACCAAGCUCAGGAGAAUAUGGCCAACAACUCAAAACUGAUGAGAGAAACACAACAACUAGUAGAGAGAAUGCAACUCAAUGUUGCAAGCUUAGCCAAAGUGGAUCGUCAACAACUCAUGAAGCAAAUUCCUUAUUCAAGCUCACAACAGAAGGCUUCAAAAUCAACUCCUCAACAAUCAACAACCACAUCAAUCACCAAAGCUGAUACCAUAGUGAUGGGACCACCUCCAAAUAUUCCAAAAGAAGAAAUGCUGAAAAGAUUAGCAGCUGCAAAACCUCAUGUCAUUACAAAUUUGAAGAUGCUGGCUGCUGUUCCAAAUCCAACAAUAUCUGAUGAUUCAGCAAUAAGCAAAUACAUGAAUAUACAAACAAUGAAGGAAUGGGAAAAGGAAGGAGAGUCUGAAGCAAAGUCAAAAAUUGUUAAGAGGAAAAUAUCAGAAUCCAAGUCUAUCAUGGUCAAAGAAAUUGCCAAAGAUGUAAUGAUAUUUCCUGAAUACAAUCUGGUGAGCUACUACUUGACAAAGGAAGAUGAAAUACCAAGAUCACUAUCCCCUACCAGGCUGGGCUUAAGAGAAGAAAGACUGAGAAGAGGGCCUUAUAGCAUUCACAAGCACAAUGAAAAUCCGGUAAAGAGAAUUCUAAAGGUAGAAGAAGUGAAAGUAGCAACUGAUGAUAUAGGGGGAAUGUUUGUACAAAACAAAUACACACUUCAAAGAGAAAAGGGGGAUGAACAGAAAGUGACUGAUGAAAAAAUAGCUGACCAGUUGCAUCCUUUGGACAUUCUGUUCAUGAAGGAUAACUAUGAAAAGGAAAAGAAAAAUAACCAAGAGGUCAGAAGGGCAUUAAAUGGUAUAUCAAAAGCUGGAAUACUGCUAUUUGAAAGGAUGUCUUUUUUAGACUUUGAUCAAUGCAUAAAUUAUGAGCAUGUGCACAACAAGAAGGUGUAUUUUAGAUCACCUAAGACAAGAGUUCCCUCAGAAAUACUAGAUGAUGCAAGAUCUGGAGACAUCAUAAUGCAAACAAGCAAAGAUGGAAAACAAGAAUAUGGUGUAAUCUUCAGAGAUCAAGACAAUAACAAAGCUCUGUUUAGAAGUGUGGACAUCUGUAAGUACUCAAAUCAGACCCUGAGGAAUAUCUUAAGAACCAUGAACAGAAGACAGGAACAUCUUCAAAAGAUAGAAAAGAACUUGGAAGGAAGCAGGAAAGAAAUUGAGCAAAUGAUUGAAGAAUGGAUUCAGGCAAGAGGAUGGUAUAAAGACAUGUAUGACAGCUGCAACAAAUACAUCUCCUACAAAAAGAAGAUAAAGACAGGAGAUAUGCAUAAGAGAGUGAAGCUGAAUUAG